CUCAGGGAAGGAGACAUCAACAAAACCCAGAGGGUUCGUUCAUAAACCCUACUUUCCUCCUCCUCCUCCUCCUCCUCCUCCUCCUCCUCACUCGAAUAUCUGAGUAAAACACAAUGUCUCCGAGUUAAAAAACGAUGAGGCUCAUUGUAUCCCCUCUCCACUCCCUCCUCAAAAUGCUCUGCUCUCUUCGCAACUUCAUCCACUUUAAUCGCAGAUUCCCUCGCCAUGUAAGCCCUCCUUUCCUCUGGUUCACUAGCUUCCUCUGCGUCAUUCGAUACCCUUUCGUCACCAAAACCACCGCCCCUCCUUCUUCAACCGACGGAGACUGGAUCCGUAACGUCGUCAAGAACGAUCUAUGGGAAGAUCCCCAAAUCAACGAUCCGAUUCGCGUCCCGAAGAUCCUCCUCGAACUGAGACAAGACCCUAGAUUAGCCCUCAAGUUCUUCAAUUGGUCAACGAGGUUUAACCGCACCGUUGAAUCACACUCUAUCAUAGCACACAUUCUCUUUUGCUCUAGAAUGUAUCACGACGCUAACACUAUCCUUAGAGAGAUGGUUAUGUUAAACAACAGCUGCGACGUCGUUUUCGAUGCGCUUUGGUCUACGAGGAACGUCUGUGUUCCCGGUUUCGGAGUGUUCGAUGCUUUGUUCAGUGUUCUGAUUGAUCUCGACAUGGUCGAUGAGGCUUUGAUGUGUUUCUCUAAGAUGAAGAGGUUUAGGGUUUUCCCAAAGACUCGUUCUUGCAACGGUUUGCUUCAGAGGUUUGCGAAGCUGGGGAAGAGGGAAGGGAUGAAGAGGUUUUUCAGGGAUAUGAUUGGUGCUGGUUCGAGACCGAGUGUGUUUACUUAUAAUAUAAUGAUAGAUUGUAUGUUUAAAGAAGGUGAUGUUGAAGGUGCGAGAGGGUUGUUUGAGGAAAUGAAGUUUAGAGGUUUGGUUCCUGAUACUGUUACUUAUAACUCUAUGAUUGAUGGUUAUGGGAAGGUUGGUAGGUUAGAUGAGACCGUUUGUUUAUUCGAGGAGAUGAAGAGUGUGAGCUGUGAGCCUGAUGUUGUUACGUACAACUCGUUGAUUAACUGUUUCUGUAAAGCCGGGGUGUUGCCUAAGGGUCUGGUGUUCUACAGGGAGAUGAAGCUGAGUGGGUUGAAACCUAAUGUUGUUACUUACAGCACUUUGGUUGAUGGGUUUUGUAAGGAGGGUAUGAUGGAACAGGCCGUGAAGUUUUAUGUUGACAUGAGAAGAGUUGGUCUUGUGCCUAAUGAGUUUACUUAUACUUCCCUCAUUGAUGCUAAAUGUAAAACCGGUGAUCUCUCUGAUGCGUUUAGGCUGGGUGAUGAGAUGUUGGAGGUGGGUGUGGAGUGGAAUGUGGUCACUUACACUGCGCUGAUCGAUGGUCUUUGUGAUGCUGAGAGAAUGCAAGAAGCUGAAGAGCUUUUUACCAAAAUGGUUACAGCUGGUGUUGUUCCAAAUCUUGCAAGCUACAACGCUCUGAUUCAUGGAUUUGUAAAGGCGAAAAACAUGGACAGAGCGUUAGAGCUUCUGAACGAGUUGAAGGGGAGAGGUAUUAAACCAGAUUUGCUGCUCUAUGGAACUUUCAUUUGGGGUUUGUGUGGUCUGGAGAAGAUUGAGGCUGCUAAGGUUGUGAUGAAUGAAAUGCAGGAGGAUGGAAUCAAAGCGAAUACGUUGAUCUACACAACCUUAAUGGACGCUUACUUCAAGUCUGGCAACCCAGCAGAGGGAUUGCAUCUGCUAGAAGAGAUGUUAAAACUUGAUAUUGAGGUCACUGUUGUUACCUUUUGCGUCUUGAUUGAUGGAUUGUGCAAAAACAAGUUAGUUUCCAAGGCGGUUGAUUAUUUUGGGAGGAUGAGCAACGAGUUUGGUAUACAAGCUAACGCAGCGGUAUACACAGCGAUGAUUGAUGGUCUCUGUAAAGAGAAUCAAGUUGAGGCUGCAACGACUGUUUUUGAAGAAAUGGCUCAAGAGGGUCUAGUUCCGGACAGAACAGCAUACACAUCGUUAAUGGAUGGGAACUUGAAGCAGGGGAAUGUGCUAGAGGGUUUGGCUUUACGAGACAAAAUGGCUGAGAUUGGUAUGAAGCUUGAUUUGCUUGCUUACACUUCAUUAGUCUGGGGGUUAUCUCAGUGCAAUCAGUUGCAGAAAGCGAGAUCCUUCCUUGAGGAAAUGAUUGGGGAAGGGAUUCUACCUGACGAGGUUUUGUGUAUUAGUGUCUUGAAGAAACACUAUGAGGUUGGAUGUAUAGAGGAAGCUGUAGAGUUGCAGAGUUAUUUGAUGAAGCAUCAGCUUUUGAAUACGCCACAUCCAGACAUGUGAAACUCAGGAAGAUGCAAUCUUUCUGCUCUUAUCAGACCGAUUCAGGUAUUUGGAUCUAAGCCUCGUUUCUUGUGGAGAAAAUGAGGAAACAAGAAACCAGAGUGUUUGAAUCUUCAGCCUUAGCUUCUCCUGAGAAUCUAUCGGCUAAUCAUCCGAGGAGAAGCUGCAAGAGCUGAGAUAUGAAAACAAAUCCAGUGAUGGGGUUUUGUGAUAUUAAACUCUUGAGUUGCGUCUGUGAUAAGUCUUUUUGUUGCAGACUUUAAGCUCUGCUCUGAAGUGUUGAGCUAUCCAAAAGAUGAGAGAAAAGAGCGAAUAUGAUUAUAUCAAGUGAUUUGCUUACAGAUAGUUUAAAGGCUUUGAAGGUUCUUCAUUGUUUUUUGUAUUUGUUGCUUUGAGGAACCGAUCAGAAGUCCUAAUUUUUGUUGUGUACAUUUCUUUUUUUUUUUAUUUUUACCCCAGUAUGUAAUUUCUUUUAUUGAUGAUUGGAAAGUUAA